AUGUGGUAUAUUGGCGAGUGUAUGUUCCUUAUAGCUCAAUGGGAUUCUUCUGGUGGGGAGAAGACUGAUCUUGAUGCUAUUCCUAUAUGGACCCACCUAAAAGGAAUGCCAUUUGACCUGAUGCAUCGUAAGGGUAUUAGCUUAGUGGCAGGUUUAGUAGGAGAGCCAAAGGAAAUGGAUGAGUUCACAAAAAACCUAGUAAGCUUGUCAGUUGCGCAUGUAAAAGUUGAAAGAAACCUUAAUGAGUCUUUACCUUCCUCGGUUAAGGUUGUGCGGGACAGUGGAGAAGUCAUCACAAUUAAUGUUGAAUACCCCUGGAUUCCUCCUACGUGCUCCCACUGUCACGAAAUAGGACACAUCAUUAUAUAUUGUUCUUUGGUGACUCCCUCUUGGACUCAAAAGAAGCAGACAACAACAACUGAAAAGUCGAAAGAAACUGCGUCAGUAAAUAAAAGCAAAGGAAAGCUUACCACUGAUUCCACCAAGCCUACUGAUAUUGCGGGUAGCUCAUCUGUUCCACCACCUCUCUCUGAUCAGCAAGACUCUCCUUCCACCUUGCAACUGGCUUCUGAACCUAUUGAUGUGUCUACUACCUCUAAACCUCCUUCUAAACCUAGUCCUAAAAAAUCAUCCGUUCCUCCACCUUCCUUACACCAACCCGCAAUCACCACCUCCAACCCUUAUGAUAUUUUAGCCCCCUCUCCUACCACCUCAAAGCCCAAAAACCCUCUCAACCUCUCCCUGCUUGAUCCAAAUCUCCUUAACCUAUCACACCCUUCCUCUUUAACCCCUAUUUGUCCCUCCCCAUCUGAUAUAGUCAUUGACACGCCAGUCGCUAACCCUAUUGUUCCCAUUCCUGAGGAUAAGCCUCCUUCUUGUGAAGGGCUUCCUCUAUCUCAUUAA